AUGAUGCGGAAUCCAAAAUUGGGCAAUCGCAACACUUCGUUGGAGAGUUUUGAGGUCUGCACUGGACAGAAGAAGGUUGUAGAAUAUGUAAAGCAGAUUCUACAACCAAAAGUCCAAGGGUCCAUCUUCCCAAGGGAUCCGCCGUAUCCUAUCUUUGAUGGCUUGGAUCGACUUCGUGUUCGUGCCAUUUUUGCGCUAGCCCUUGGUUGCGAUGCAUUGCCUGGAGGUAUUGAUGGCUUUGGAGCAUCAAAAGCAGUUAUAAUCCGAUCGAAAAUUGAUUUUAGGACAGAUCCAGAUGCUCCAAAGGAAGAGUUGCUGAAACACCUAGUGGAUGCUUCAUUGAAGUCAAAGCCCAAGAAGUACAUGCAUGUUCCAUCCGGGCUCACGCGAGAGGACAUCAUUUGCCUAAGAUGGAGAACGAGAAAGGUUCAGAGUGGAAUUGGAAAGGGUAAUUUUUCUGCAAUAGAUACGGUCACACCGCUGGGCACUUCAAAGACUUUUUUGGAAUGGCUUUCCCCAUUUGAAUUUGCCACAGAUGCAGCAAAAAAGGCUAGAGUAGAGCCCAAACCACAAGACUUGGGACUAUUGCGAGAAAAGGUGCCUAGAUUCGAGAGUCCAGAGAAGAAGGCACUGAAAAUUCUGACAAAAGAUAACAUGAUGGCAAUUCCAAAGCAACCUACUGGUGAAGCGACAGACAAGAAUCCCGACUAUUUGGCAGUACAAGUUUUGCCUUGA